UGCAUGACCAUAGUGACACCUGCCAUUUUCCUUACAAGCGAGUAAAGCUGUCACACAGGCCACAACAUGGACAACCUGCAGCUGCUGCUGGUGAUCUGUUUGUUCAAGGAAACCAUGUGUUCUUCCUCUGACCUCGUGGAGAAGUAUGUCGGUGUUUACCUGGAGGAAGAACGACCAGUGUGUGAGGGGAAUGACACCUCUGUACACAUGGAUCUCAGUCUCAGACAAAUCAUCACUCUGGAUGACACAGCGGAGGUGUUGACAAGCAACGUGUGGGUGCGUCUGAACUGGACCGACUGUAGGCUCACCUGGAACAGCACGAGGUUCAAUGGGACUGACGUCAUCUAUGUCUCAGCGGACCAUGUAUGGACUCCGGAUCUCACACUGUAUGAUGACACAACGUAUGGCAAUAGCGUGGGCAUGUCGGAGAGGAAGUUCUACAAACUUUCAGUCACUAGUGAGGGCAGAGUGUCACAGACGUUCCCUUCAGUACUCAACAGCAUCUGCGACGUCGACACAACCUACUUCCCCUUCGACAGACAGAACUGCCCUCUUCAGUUCGGUCUGUGGGUCCACGACGACUCUACCGUUGUCCUAACCAGCCACGAGGAGGGAGAUACCGCGUACUACAUGGAGAACGCCGAGUGGGACCUGCUGGGGGUUGACGUUGGAAGAAAGCCAUACAUCUACAACAACAAACAGUACAGCUCCAUCACCUACACUUUGAACCUCAGGAGAAGACCAGCGUUCUUCAUGCUCACCCUGUGUUUCCCCUGCUUCCUCAUCUGCAGUAUCUCAGUGCUCGGGUUCUUCCUCCCGUCAGCCUCGGGGGAGAAGUUGGCCCUGGAGGUCAGCCUUCUCCUGUCACUCAGCGUCUUCCUCUUUCUCACACAGGACACUCUCCCACCAAACUCCAAACCGCUGCCGUUAAUCUGCGUCUACUUUGUGCUGGUGAUGGUUCUGUCCAGUACCUCCUGUGUCCUGGCUGUGGCUGUACUGAAGGUCCACAUGAAGGGUCAGCAGGGGUGGAAGGUUCCUCCAAGAGUCCGGACACUUAUCAUUGACAAGCUUGGACGGUUAUUGCUCAUUAAACGACCACACAUACUGAGAGAAGAUGCACAAGAAGAAGGAAAGAUUCAAUUAGAAAAUGUCUUACAUUCCGAUGAAGAAAACGCGCAACCAGCCGCAACCUCAGCCCAAGUCACAGACACAGCCACAACGACAGCAGCAGCAACAUCUCAAGCGCCAGCUCCAGCAACAUCUCAAGCACCAGCUCCUGAGAAGGAUGCCCAAGUCUCGGCUGAGGCCAAGGACUGGCUCACCAUUGCUGUAGUCCUUGACCGGCUCUUCCUCAUACUGUAUGCCCUCUUGUCAGUCACAGUCUUCGUGGCCUUUCUCAUUCAAUUCACACUGUAGUUCAGCGCCUUUUACGCCAGUUCCCUUUGAAGAGAAUUAUGAAUUGUCUGACAUGUGUACCUGUCACAGGUCGCUCUGUUUGAUGUGAUCACUACAUCGUUUCUAUAUUUUUAUCUUUUUCACCGGUAAUGCACCCAACAUGCUUCAAAUAGGCACGCAUAGACGAAGACAUACAGACAUACAGACAUACACUCACAAAGGAAAUACAUGCAUAUGCGACCAAACAUUUUCCACAUCCAUAAGAAAUUUCCGUUGAAAGCAGGGUCGAUUGUACAAAAAUCCGACUACAUUAUGAGCAUGUGUAUGUAUGUUUGUAUGUUUAACGCCACAUUCAGCAUUAUUACAGCUGAAUGACGGCGGUCAGUAAACUAUCGACCAGACAACGAAGGAGAUACGAUGACAGCAUGUGUUAAUGAAUCACUAUCAAAUAGUAGAGGUACCAGAUACAGGUGAGCGUAUACUGCCCCACCGACGGCACUGAUCAUAAACAUAUGCAAAGGCAAGUCAAUUGUUCAUGUGAAAGGAAUCGUUUGGUGUAAGUCAAAAUAGAGGAUUACAUCUGACAUAAUAUUUUUCAGUUUGAAAUGUCUUCCCGUGUCUUCCAUAAAAUUUUAACUGAGGCGUUGAAUGUUGCAACCGUGACAGAACACCGUCUGAGCAACAGUCGUAUGAAAUUCUGGUUAAAGGAGCAUGCUCGACUGUAUCUAAGAAUGUGAGAUGUUAACCCCAAAGGCUGGAGCUGUGGGAAUAUUGCUCGACAUGAAGGGAAGUUGGCGAAUGGAAA